AUGGAAGACUGCCUCUUCAUUGAAAUGGUAUGCCGCUUGGAGUGGAGAGCCCCAUUCGCCACCUUGUGCAUUGAGAUCCGCUCCCUGGUCUAUCAAGAGCUGGACAACUUCGAUAUCAGAAUGAAAAGGACAGCAAGCAGCUUGGAGAGCGCUUCCAAAGUCUCCUCCCGGCGCGUUGACGUCUGCGCCUCUGUCCAACAGGAGUGUGAUGAUCUUCUUGUGACCAAAGAACGCUGCCGCCUGCAGCGGGUUUCCAUAUUUACCACCUUUGAAAUGGACAUCCGCUCCGUGGUCAAGCAGGAGUUGCACGAUAUCAACAAGUUCAUGCUUUUGACAACACGCCGCCAUGAGUGGGCAUUCAAUGACCCCUGGUGGGGUUUGAACAUCUGCCCCUUUAUUGAGAAGCAGUCGAACAAGGGCGUCGUACCCGCCUUUGCAUGCCACCAUGAGUGCAUUGCCCACGGAAGUCUCGCCUGCGUUGAUGUCUGCUUGCAAAGAGAGGAGCAGUUCAACUAUCUUGAGAUGACCGCCGCUGGAGGCUGCCACGAGCGCGUUUCCGUAUUCCCCCGUCCGCGUGUUGAUACGUGCGUUAUGCUUAAUGAGCAGGCGGACAAUAUCGAUAUGACCUGA